AUGCUGUGUUUGCUCGACAAUGUUCAACCUCCACCACCAAACAACAUAGAACCAACUCUCACACUUCUUACCAAUGAAUUAUUUGAUAAACUUGAUGCAGUGAAACGUCAUAAUUUACAAGAAGCUUCAACCAUAACUGAACGUAGAGCACAAAUUAUCAAUGAUUUCAUUUCUACUUUCCGGACUCAUAUUGGUAAUGAUAUGCUUCAGUCAGCUAAUCUAAUAUUCCCUGAAAAGACCAGCAGAUUAUAUGUCAUAAAAGAGGUGGUAUUAGCUCGACUUAUUAUCAAAAUGUACAAGAUCUCCAAAGACACUGAAGAAUAUAAUUUACUUCAUUAUUGGAACCGACAAUAUCAAAAAUCUAAACGAUUUGCAGUUGAUGAACGGAAAAUUAGAGAUUUACCGUUGCAAUCUGCAAGAAUAAUUGCUACACGGCGACCAUUUGUUGAACGUUGUAAAGAGUAUAAUGUUCCUCAAAUCAAUUCCAUAUUGGAUGAUUUAACAAUGGCUAAACAAUCACAAGAACAUUUAGAAAUUUUACAACCAUUAUUUGAUAAUUUAAGAAUUGAAGAGAUUCGUUGGUUGAUUCACUUUAUAUUGAAGAAACCAAUUUUGAUUCAUAUGGAGAAGUAUUUUUUCAAUAGUUGGCACCCUGAUGGGUAUAGAUUAUACAGCAUUUGUAAUAAUUUGGAAACGACAUUUAACUUGUUGAGUGACCCAAACAGGAGAUUAGCUAGAGAAUAUUUAGGAAUUCAACCUAGAUACAAGUUCAAACCACAAUUGGCGGUGAAAUUAAAUUCAAAUUACAAUGCUGUUGUUCGUAAAUUACAAAAGAAACAACCAAUGGGUCCACAAUAUGAACAAAAGUUCACUCAGUUGGAAUUGGAGGAUAAGUUUUACAUUGAAGAAAAGAUGGAUGGUGAUCGAAUGUUGUUGCAUAAGGAGGGCAACCGAUUCAAAUUUUUUUCAAGACGUUUAAAAGAUUAUUCAUUUUUAUAUGGUGAAUCGUUUCAAUUUGGAUCCUUAACUAAGUAUAUACGAGAUGCAUUUGCCAAUAAUAUUGAUUCAAUCGUUCUUGAUGGGGAAAUGGUGGCUUAUGACUACAAAAGACAAGCAAUAUUACCAUUUGGUACCUUGAAAUCACUGGCGAUUCAAGAAAGUGUACGUCAAUUUACAACCAUUGAUCAUUAUGAACAGCAAACAAGUUAUCCUUACUAUCUAAUAUUUGAUAUCUUGUACUUAAAUGGCCGUGAUUUGAGUAAUUACCCGUUAUUUUUUCGAAAAAAUUUAUUGGAACGAAUCAUUAAACCUGUGCCAAAUAGAUUUGAAGUUCUUGAUGCUAGAUUAGGUUCCAGUGUUGUGGAUGUUGAAAAAGCCGUACGUGAAGUUGUUACUAAGCGAAGUGAAGGUUUAGUCUUAAAACACACUCAACUGAGAUAUGUAAUCGAUGGGUUUAGAAAUCCCAAUUGGAUUAAAGUGAAACCGGAUUAUUUAGAGAAGUUUGGUGAAAAUUUAGAUUUAGUAGUUAUUGGCAAGAACCCGGGUGUAAAAAAUUCGUACAUGAUGGGAUUAAUUAAUAAACAAGAAGGUAGUGAAUACUAUGGAUCUUAUUAUAGUUUCUGCAUGUGUGCCAAUGGAUUUGGAAUUGAAGAAUUUGACAAGAUCGAACGAUUAACCCAUGGUCGAUGGAUCAAUACAGCACAAAAAAUGCCACCCGAGCAGUUGAUAAAAUUUGGUCGCAAAAAGCCGGAUUUUUGGAUUGAUCCGAAAUACUCAUUAGUUUUAGAAAUUCGAGCUCGAUCAAUUGAUGUACGACCAGAAGCUACAUUUGCCGUGGGGACAACAUUACACAAUAUGCAUUGUCGUCGUAUACGUGAAGAUAAAUCAAUUGGUGAAUGUAUUUCAAUGCAAGAAUAUUUUGAAUUAAAACAGAAUUAUAUGCAAGAUUUAAAUUUGAAACCACAAGCUACUACAAUAAAGAAGAAAGAAUUGACUAAAUUGACCUCGUUUAAUGAACCACUGAAUUUGAAAAAAGUUAAAAUAGAACUGGAUUUAUUUGCAAGUUUUGAGUUUUUAAUCUUGAGUGAUAAACGUGAUCCCCAUGGGGAAAUUAUUACCAUUGAAGAAUUAAAAACUUUAGUUAAACGGUUUGGAGGUCAUUUAAUCAAUUCAAUUGAUGCAGAGACUUAUUUACAAAUUAUAAUCAUUACUGAAAAGAGCCUACCUACAAGCCAACGAUACCUAUCCCAAGGUUUAGAUUUAGUUAAACCAUCGUGGAUUUUCGAAUGUAUCAAACGAAACCACAUUUUGCAGCUAGAACCUUGUUUCAUAUUUGAUUCUCAGAAUUGGCCAAUGUAUGAUCAACGAGUUGGCACAUAUGGUGAUUCGUAUACGGUUCAUUUACCACUUGAUCAAAUCAAUGCUCCCAAUUUAACUCGUGAAGAAGUGAAUGAAUUUCGACAACAAUUUGAAUGGGAUGGUGCAAUUAAACCCAUAUUGUAUUUAUUUGCGGGGAUAACUUUCCACGUAAUUGGUACAUCUUUAGCUGGUCAAUUGGUUAAAAACCGUAUUGAACGAUUUAGUGGUGAGGUUGUUGAUGAUUUUGUAAAUUGUGGAUAUAUCGUGGUUCCUAGUUAUGAAGAAGAAGAGUUACGACAACAAACUAUUGCAACAUUGAAAAAGAUUUAUGAGCAGAUUAAUCGAAAUCUACGAAUUAGUAACGGAAAAUUUAGAAGUAAGAUUCCAUUCUCUGUCACGGAGAAUUUUAUUCAUGAAUCUAUUAGAUCCAAUAGCGUUGCUGAUCCCGAAGAUUACAAAUUUUAUUAA